AUGAAUUUUCUGUACAGACUCUUCGGAACAGGUGCUGCCCAUCACCACUCCUCUUCAUCAGCAAAUGUUGAAAAAGACCUCCGAAAGAAAAGACGAAUGCUACAAUUGACGGAGGAUCAAAUUCAUGUUCAGGAAGAAACAUAUGAAACAUUAACCGAAACGAUUAAAAAUAUGAAACUUCAUUUGGAGUCCAUCCGACAACGAGAACAAGAAAUGAUUUUAUUACAAAUUGAUACGGAACGUGAAUUACAGGAGGAUUAUGAAAAUUAUUUGCAAAAGGGAAAAAAGGAUGAAGAAUAUGAAAAGAAAUAUGAAGUAUCUCGAAAAUUCCUUGAAGAAACUAUGGCUGCAAAAAAACAAGAAAUUAAAGCCAAAAUGGAACAAUACGAAGCAAGAAUUAAGAGUUUAGAGUUAAAGGCUCAAGAAAUUCUCAAAACAAAACAAGUGACAGAGGAUACUAACUAUUUGUUGAAUGAAGAAGUUCAACGAUUGGAAACUCAACGACAGAAAGAAUUUGUCGCUGGAGACAAUUAUGAUCAGUUGGGCGAAGAGGAAGAUUUGGAGGCUUCAUCGAACAUUCCUCUCUCCUUGCAGACAGUUCCAGUUCAACCACAAAUUCAUGACGAUCAACAUCCACCACAAUCAUCAUCCGAGAGUAAUAUUUCUCCCAAUAGUGCAGGAAAGGAUUUAUGGGAAAGAAAAGAUCACAGUGACACCAUUUGA